CGGUGGUCGGACUUGAGCCUGUCAAGGAGUCAAGGAGCAUUUAGGGGCUACCUAACCCAUUGAGUUUCGAACGGGGCUUAGCGUCAUAUGCAACCUCUCAACGCGCCCCCUAGCAAAAACGCGUCUCCAUUUCGCGUGUCAAUUAACGCGGGUUCCCAAAUUAAAUCUUUCAACUUUCAACUUUCAACCCCUCGAUCCAUAGUCACGAUAGUCGCUAAUGAUCCAAUACUUCAUGACACCCAGUUUAACUAUUACGAUUCUCUGAACAAAACACCCAAGGACGUAUAUAUCCGGUGUCCAAGAUGGAUCGCCAAUCAGUCUACUCGGUUUCCGUCUUCCAGUCCAACUCUGGUCCAAACGAAGAUAGCCGGCUGCAAAUACAGGAACAGCUUGUAACUUUUAUCCUCGAAUUCAGACACGACAACAUCUUCGUCUAUCGAGACCAACUAAGAGAAAAUGCAUUAUUGAAGAAGUACUAUUGCGAUGUUAACAUUACCGACUUAAUCAAGUAUAACGAAGAGCUUGCGCACCGAAUAGUGACAGAACCCGCCGAGAUUAUUCCUCUCUUCGAAGGGGCUCUUAAGAAAUGCACACACCGAAUCAUCUUCCCCCAUGACCCUAAGGCUGUCAUCCCCGAACACCAACUACUCCUCCACUCCAGCGCAGAAGAUGUCUCGAUCCGGAAUCUGGAUUCUGAUACUAUCGCAAGACUUGUUAGGGUACCUGGUAUCGUCAUCGGUGCCUCUGUUAUGUCUUCUAAGGCCACAGAGUUACACAUUCAAUGCCGAAAUUGUCUUCACACGCAGAUGAUUCCCGUCCUAGGUGGAUUUACCGGUGUAACGCUUCCGCGAACUUGUGGUCGCCAGAGACCUCCCAAUGACCCAUCCGAGAAGUGUCCCCUAGACCCUUACUUUAUCACUCAUGAAAAGUCCAAGUUUGUCGAUCAGCAGAUUAUUAAGCUCCAAGAAGCCCCUGACCAGGUGCCCGUAGGAGAGCUUCCACGGCAUGUUCUCAUCUCCGCAGACCGAUACCUUACGAAUAGGGUCGUUCCGGGGUCAAGGUGCACAAUCAUGGGCAUUUUCUCUAUCUACCAGAACAAGGGCUCCAAGAACUCGUCUACCGGCGGCGCCGUUGCUAUAAGAACACCUUAUUUAAGAGCGGUGGGUAUUCAAACAGAUAUGGAUGCCACAGCUAAAGGACACUCAAUCUUCUCAGAGGAGGAAGAGCAGGAAUUCAUGGAACUUAGCCGAAGGCCUGAUCUCUACGAUGUUAUGGCUGAUUGUAUUGCCCCAUCGAUCUACGGUAACCGGGAUAUCAAAAAAGCCAUACUGUGCUUGCUGCUUGGAGGAUCCAAGAAGAUCUUACCUGACGGCAUGAAACUAAGAGGCGACAUAAACGUGCUCCUCCUCGGUGACCCUGGUACAGCGAAGUCGCAACUGUUGAAAUUUGUUGAGAAAGCUGCUCCCAUAUCUAUUUAUACGUCUGGUAAAGGUUCCUCGGCAGCUGGUUUAACGGCUUCCGUACAGAGAGACCACUCCACGCGAGAGUUUUACCUCGAAGGCGGUGCAAUGGUAUUAGCAGAUGGUGGUGUGGUAUGUAUCGAUGAGUUUGACAAGAUGCGAGACGAAGACCGUGUCGCGAUCCACGAAGCCAUGGAGCAGCAGACCAUCUCGAUUGCCAAGGCAGGCAUAACAACAAUCCUGAAUGCACGAACCUCAGUCCUCGCGGCGGCCAAUCCCAUCUUCGGUCGGUACGACGACAUGAAGACACCGGGCGAGAACAUCGACUUCCAAACGACCAUUCUAUCCCGUUUCGACAUGAUCUUCAUCGUCAAAGACGAUCAUAACAGGGACAAGGACGAGCGCAUUGCAAAGCACGUCAUGGGCAUCCACAUGGGCGGCCGUGGCCUCGAAGAGCAAGUUGAGAGCGAAGUGCCCGUCGAGACGAUGCGGCGGUACCUCAGCUACUGCAAGUCCCGCUGCGCCCCUCGUCUCUCCCCCGAAGCCGCCGAGAAGCUAUCCUCGCACUUCGUCUCGAUCCGGAAACAAGUCCACGCCUCCGAACUCGAAGCCAACGCGCGCUCCAGCAUCCCCAUUACAGUGCGGCAACUUGAAGCCAUCGUGCGUAUCACAGAGGCACUCGCGAAACUUACUCUUUCCCCCAUGGCAACCGAGCAGCACGUCGACGAAGCCAUCCGAUUAUUCCUGUGCUCGACGAUGGACGCCGUCACACAAGGGACCGCGAACCAAGGCGGCCGCGAGCUGAACGAGGAAGUCUCGCGGCUUGAGCAGGAGCUUCGCCGACGCUUGCCUAUCGGGUGGAGCACCAGCCUGGCUACCCUACGCCGCGAGAUGGUUGAAGGGAAGGGGUUCAGCGAGCAGAGUUUGAACCGCGCGCUUAUGAUACUGCAGAGACGGGAUACGAUUAUGUUCCGCAAUCAAGGUGCGCAGGUAUACCGGAACGGCGCUUAGAGUGGAUGAGAUGAAGUGGCCGAAAAUGGCCUAUGUGAUUGAUUCAUGAUGGAAGCUGCUUCAUUUGGCUCGGCGUUCAGGUUGUGCUCGACAACAGGGUAUCGACAUAUGUGGUUAUGAUUCUGAGAUGCAAUUUACAUGCGAGCAUGCCAUGGUAGUAAUUACGAACGACGUGGAUGCUGAAUAAAGAAAAAAGAAAAUACUUGCUACGUCUCAUCUGUCGUAUUGGGUUUAUAAUAUUUAUGCUA